AUGCUAUCCCGCGUGCUGCAGCCCCACAAGAUCCCCACAAAACCCCCAAACCUGCAUAUCCGCAGUUCGGCGAUUGAGCCGGAACCCUAUAGAAGCUCGAGCACGCUAGAGUUUGGACCAUCCGAUAAUUGUCCGGUGCGUUUGCCUCGUCAUUUUGGCAGGGCGUCCAUGCAUCUCUUCGGUGAAUACCUGACUUGUCUACCCACCAACCCACGUAGCAAGAGAGAUGCCAAAGCCUACCUUGAUCUACUGCGAGCACGAGGCCGCGUCAAGCCAAGCAUCCGGCGCACCAUUGUGGCUUGCGCCUCGACUAAAGAAAGCAUUCAUCCGAAGUUUAGCCAGCGAAAAGUCAAAAACUUGACUAGUAGCGGCAGAGGUCUCUCCACAACUGCCCUCCAUAAAUCAAUUCCACGGCUUGAUUACGUGCGCGGGGCUAGCGCAAUGCUUGGAAUUAUUGGCUUGCCAAGUGUGGGGUACACACGGCUCGUGAACGACUCGGACAUUACCUCAACAGGAAAGGAAAUGAAGUGGGAAGACCUUGCAACGCAGUCGGCUAUGGCAUCACCGAUGACUACGAGGCGUUACAUUACUCUUCGUCUCAGUGCCGAGGAGAACCUCAAUAUGGUUUCUACAAAGCACCUUGGAUUGGCGGUGGCCAUUCUCUCCGUGUGUGGACUGGGGUAUGCCGAGGAGAAUAUCACCUCGGACACGUACUUCUAUGGCCAGUCUGAGGCCGUCUACCCGUCGCCAUCUGGCAGGGGCACGGGUGAUUGGGCUGAAGCUUACUCCAAAGCUGCGGCUAUGGUUGCGAAGAUGACACUGGAAGAAAAGAAUAACCUUACCUUCGGUGCUACUAAUACAGAGAAUGGGUGUUCUGGAAUCAUUCCGUCUAUUCCUCGUCUUGGCUUUACCGGCUUGUGUCUUCAGGAUGCUGGCAAUGGUGUUCGGAGUACCGACUUCGUCAACAGCUAUCCGAGUGGUCUUCACGUCGGCGCCAGCUGGAACAAGACUCUUGCCCUUGACCGUGGCCAUCAUAUGGGGGCUGAAUUCAGGAAAAAGGGUGUCCAGGUGGCUCUCGGUCCUGUUGUUGGGCCUCUGGGACGGACUACCACAGGAGGUCGUAACUGGGAAGGCAUGUCCAAUGAUCCUUAUCUGGACGGCGUACUUGGUGCUGCUACCGUGGAGGGUGUGCAAGGCCAGGGUGUGAUCACUAGUGUCAAGCAUUUUAUUGCCAACGAACAAGAACUGUACCGCAACCCGACAAUCAACUCAAAUAAUGAGACCGUUGAAUCAGUGUCCAGCAACAUCGACGAUAAGACCAUGCACGAGCUGUAUCUUUGGCCUUUCCAGGAUGCUCUCAAGGCGGGAGCUGGAAAUAUCAUGUGCUCAUACAACCGCGUCAAUAACUCGUACGCUUGCCAGAACAGCAAGACCCUGAACGGACUCCUCAAGACGGAACUCGGCUUUAACGGUUUCGUCGUGACGGAUUGGGACGCCCAGCAUUCCGGCGUGGCAGCGGCUCAAGCCGGCCUCGAUAUGGCGAUGCCCAAUGGGCAGUCCUUCUGGGGCGACAACCUCACUGAAGCUAUCACCAAUGGCUCCGUUUCCGAGUCUCGUCUAACCGAUAUGGCAACCCGCAUCAUCGCAGCCUGGUAUCAGAUGGGCCAGGACGAGUCGAGUUACCCUGCACCUGGCGUGGGUAUGCCGUACAACGUUAGUGAGCCUCACACAAUUGUGAAUGCUCUCACCCGCGACGCGAAGCCAACGAUUUUCGACGGUGCCGUUGAGGGUCACGUCCUGGUCAAAAACACAAAGAAUGCUCUGCCUCUGCUGUCGCCGAAGCUCAUCUCCGUCUUCGGCUACGACGCCAAAGCUGCCGACAUGUACAUGCCCGACGGACAGUCACUCACAGGGAACCCCUGGGAAAUGGGUUACUCGCCGGCAAUCUUCCAGAUUGGUGAUGCAUUUUCUAGCACCGUGCUCAAUGAGCCGUACGACUACCAGGUGGCUUUCAAUGGUACACUGAGUGUUGGUGGUGGAUCCGGGGCCAACAGCGGGCCGUAUCUGAGCGCUCCUCUUGAUGCGCUUCAGCAGCGAGCUUACGAGGAUAACUCGGUGGUGAUGUGGGACACGACGAACAACCCGAGCAUGAUGGGAUUGAUGGAGGCUUCGGAUGCGUGCCUCGUCUUCAUCAAUGCAUUUGCUACCGAAGGCCUGGAUCGGUCUGGUCUUCACGAUGACUACUCAGAUGAGCUUGUCAACAAAGUGGCAAAGACCUGCUCCAACACCAUCGUUGUUAUUCACAACGCCGGUACUCGUCUGGUGGAUCAGUUCGUAGAGAAUCCCAAUGUCACGGCCAUUGUCUUCGCUCACCUUCCAGGCCAGGACUCUGGUCGCGCUCUGGUAUCUCUGCUAUACGGGGACGAGAACUUCAGCGGCAAGCUUCCCUACACCGUUGCUAAGAACGAGUCUGACUACUAUUCCCUCUACCAUACCGGGGCUGUCACUCCUUACGGGCUGUUCCCUCAGAGCGACUUCACUGAAGGUGUUUACACCGAUUACCGGUACUUCGACAAGCACAACAUUGCUCCUCGCUAUGAGUUCGGCUUUGGUCUUUCAUACACCACCUUCUCCUUCUCUGACCUCCACGUCUCUUCUGUGAAGAACGGCAUCGCUGCUUACCCCUCUGGCGCUAUCGAGCAGGGUGGUGCCGUUGACCUGUGGGACACUGUCGCUACCGUCACCGCUACUGUGAAAAACACGGGAAGCAAAUCAGGCGCUGAAGUCGCCCAGCUCUAUGUCGGGAUCCCCGGCGGCCCUGUGAAGCAACUCCGUGGAUUCGACAAAGUUCAAAUCCAAGCCGGCGGCUCCGCCAAGGUAACAUUCUCCUUGACUCGUCGUGACCUCAGCAGCUGGGACGUCGUUGCUCAGAAGUGGCAACUUCAGACCGGAGAGUACAAGCUCUACGUUGGAUCGUCCAGCAGGAAACUUCCUCUGCAGUCUACUCUGAAGAUCGUCAGCAGCUUUUAG